CGGGAUGGAUGGAAAACACAGCUUUGCAACGAAGGUAUUUUCUAUUGUUCAGAAAGAAACUAUGAUACUACUGCUUGAAUACCUAUCUAUCUACGUUUUCCCGCACGAUAAAAUGGUGGAAUAUUUGAUCAAAUUCAUUGUAAUCCUGUCACGUAAGAGUAGCCAUGCAAAAGUCCUCCAAUGGCUUGAAUUAUUAGUUGGUUAUAUUCAUUGAGCAUUUCUCAUCUCAUCUCCGUCCCUUCAGCUGUGGAGGCGCCAAUCAACCUGGCCGUUUCUGACGUCACAGAUAAAGCGUUCAAGAUUACGUGGUCCCCAUCCUCUGACCCUGACCUUCAUGGAUACCGUGUUGUGGUGUCGAAGUUGGACAUGACGACAGCUGUCAAUCAAGAUACGGAUCAGUCGUCAUUUCUGGUGUCAGAUCUGUCACCAGAUUCGGAUUACAUCAUCAGUGUGACCUCGCUGUUCCUGACGGAUGGUUGGAGGUCCGAGAGCGAGACGUCGGUGAUACACUCAUCCACAGCGAUGAGCUCUUCUACUGACCUGCAGUUCGUGGAUGUGACCGAGUCAGAGUUUCGUUUCACCUGGGUUCCUCCUGAUGCGGUUGUGACCGGAUACCGCAUCAUGUACGGACUGGAGGAGGCCACAGAACACCUCAUCCCCUCCCCGGGUCCAGGAGAUAGAUCCGCUGUCAUCCGUGGACUUCAGGCAGACUCCAUGUACAAGGUGGAGAUCAUCACCAUCGGAGUUCAGCGGGAGAGUGCGCCUCUAGUGGGAUAUCACACGACCGGUGAGUACAUGACCUGCCACAGUGAUAUCAACAACAACGCCGGCCGCUUCAACCAGGGAAACAACUGUAACCGCCCGAACCAGUCUGAUGACCUCGUUUUUCAUCAGCCUGAUGACAUCAACUACAGCAGCAAAGAUACAGGAAUCUACUUCAACCAGGGAAGUAUCAAGCAAAGCAGCACAAUCUCACCUGGAGGCAGCGGAACAAGGCUAGCAGACCAGGCACCAGACAAUAUCCUGGACAGCAUCUACGCAGACGCCUUCUCCCCCAGUCUACUGGACGUGCUGCAGAGGCUGGGGCAGGACAUUUCCGGUGACAAUGACGGUGCUGUUGGGUUGGAGCAGCCGACACCAACUGCUGAAGAGAAGUCAGAGAACACAGCACUAAACGUUCUGGAGUCCAUCACCAGCAAACUGGGCAAACUGGACAUGUCUGACCCGUCGACUGUCGAGUCUGUGGGAGGUCCUUUAGUGGAGUCAGUCGCUACUCUUCUUUAUGAACCUGUGAAAGAUGCAGAAGCGAAUGACGGGAAUCUUCAAACGCAUGCAGUAGAGGACGAUCAUGUCUCUCCAGAGGAGCGCGCUCAAAAGGCGAAACAAGAGGAGGAAGAACAGCGAACUGAGAAGAAAAAGAUUGUCCAGAAAAGCCGCCAGGUCCUGGAUGAUCUGUCUAACGCCGUUACCGACCCCAUGAGACUUGGAGCCCCGCCAGUAACUAUCAAGAGAAGUGGUGUUACUCUGAAAGCACAGAAGAUCCGGGGCUCCAUGUUUGGGGGCCAGGUGGUGCAGACGGAGGAUGGGGGGUUCCAGUUCCCAUCACAAACUGCACUUUUUCCGGAACAUCCACCUCACAACAUCACUGUAAAGUUGACUCAGUACCAGGAAAACCCAUUCACCUGGGGCCUUGGCCAAUAUCAGGCCCACUCUUCUGUCAUGGAACUGACGAUUCGCCAGAAAAACUACAAACCCUUGGUCUUCAACGACCUCACUGAAGACUUCAUAAUCACCAUUCCUGGAAAGUCCAGAAACACACCGGCGACAAAAAUCAUCACCUACCCCCUCCCAGGAAACCGAAGUUCGGCCUACCAUUUGCUGAACCUCAACAGCACUGCAGAAGCGUUCCUGGUCACAAUCACCCCGCUGAACACUAGCGUGGUGUACGGCGUGUGGGGCAGGUACGGCGGCCGCCCUGAUGACCAAAACUACGACGUGUCCAUGGAGACGUACGUUCUACCCAAGGAGUGUUCCCUGAUGGAAACUCUGGGUGGGGAUGGAGGCGACAAGACGGAGGCAAGGAUGUUCAUUAAAGGAGUCAAAGAUCCAGUGGACUACUAUGUCAAAGUCCAAAUUCUAGGUGAGAUAUUUCAGUUUGCAUUUCUCAUCAUUAAGACAUAA